AUGGAGCCGGACGCGCCCCAGCCCGGACUGGCCGGCCCGGACUCCCCGCACGACCCCUGCAAGAUGUUCAUCGGGGGACUGAGCUGGCAGACCACGCAGGAGGGAUUGCGAGAGUAUUUUGGCCAGUUCGGGGAGGUGAAGGAGUGUCUGGUGAUGCGGGACCCACUGACCAAAAGAUCCAGGGGCUUUGGCUUUGUCACUUUCAUGGACCAGGCUGGGGUGGACAAAGUGCUGGCCCAAUCCCGACACGAGCUGGACUCCAAAACGAUCGAUCCCAAGGUGGCAUUCCCGCGCCGAGCACAGCCCAAGAUGGUUACGCGGACGAAGAAGAUCUUUGUCGGGGGGCUGUCGGUGAACACCACGGUGGAGGAUGUGAAACAGUACUUUGAGCAGUUUGGAAAGGUGGACGACGCCAUGCUGAUGUUCGACAAAACCACCAACCGACACCGAGGGUUCGGGUUUGUCACAUUCGAGAGCGAGGAAAUCGUGGAGAAAGUGUGCGAGAUCCACUUCCAUGAGAUCAACAACAAGAUGGUGGAAUGUAAGAAAGCCCAACCAAAGGAGGUGAUGUCCCCGACCGGUUCUGCCCGGGGGCGUUCCCGGGUCAUGCCUUACGGGAUGGACGCCUUCAUGCUGGGCAUUGGCAUGCUGGGUUAUCCAGGGUUCCAAGCUGCCACCUACACCAGCCGGAGUUACACGGGCAUCGCUCCCGGUUACACCUACCAAUUCCCCGAGUUCCGGGUAGAGCGGACCCCUCUCCCGAGCGCCCCAGUCCUCCCCGAGCUCACAGCCAUCCCUCUGACGGCGUAUGGGCCGAUGGCGGCGGCGGCCGCGGCGGCCGUGGUCCGAGGCACAGGUUCUCACCCGUCCUGGGCGCCGACUCCCCACCUAGGUUCCACCCCGAGCCGCACGGGCGGCUUCCUGGGCACCACCAGCCCCGGGCCCAUGGCGGAACUGUACGGAGCCGCCAACCAGGACUCGGGCGUCAGCAGCUACAUCAGCGCCGCCAGCCCCGCACCCAGCACCGGCUUCGGACACAGCCUUGGGGGUCCUUUGAUUGCGACAGCUUUCACCAACGGGUACCACUGAGGCUGGGGGCCAAGGAGGAAGGAGAGUCCCGGCCGGCAGCUGCCUGAGGAGAGCGGGCUGCAGGACCGGCCGAAGGCCGGGGGGACGAGGGCCAGCCGCCAUCGCAUCCUCCUCCUCCUCCUCUUCGUCCUCCUCCUCCUCGUCUUCCUCCUCCUCUCGCGACGCUGCACACUGCCAGCCGGCCGCCGGCUCCUGCCCCACGGACAUCAUCUCGCUGCCCUUACUAACCCUCUCCCCCUCCCGCCGCCGCUUUUAUUUAUUUUGGAUUAGCCAGUAGCCUCCCGGUUUUCCCCCUUUGGGUUUGUGCCCCUCCCUCCUUCCCCGCCGACCCCGUAGAGCCCCCCGUGAAUCGGCUUCCGCGCUCGCGUGUAGCUAGGGUGACGGUGGUCCGAGCCGCGGCCCGCCCCCCGUCCCCGUCCCCCGGGCCGCGUCCACCGCCGUUCUUUCAUUCUGAUUUUUCCUCUUUCCUCUUCUCCCUUUUUUAUUUUAAGGAAACGUUUUUAACCCGUUUCUGGGUUUGUGAAUGUGAAGCUCCGGGCCGGGGGCCGGAGCCCCACACCAGCGGGAGGACAAGUGUAUAUUUUGGUACGCGGCAGCCCGGCGCCCCCGGCUCCCGGGCCCCGGGUCGAAUCCCUCUCCUGUAUCAUAUAUGUAAAUACCGUGAGGUGACCCCGGCUGCAGCCCGCAGCCCCCGCUCCUCCCCGUGGCCCUCUUGGGGGCUCGCCUCCCCCCAAACCGGGGCCUUCCCCCCUCUUCCUGGACACCAUUACUGUAAGAUUUGGGUUAAGGCCUCGACUGAGGCAGGGAGAAGCCACCCUCUCCCCUCAGCCACGAGGCUGAGCGAGGGAGGAGGCCCGGGUUGGUCCCCCCCCAAGACCUCCAUCCGAAGCCCCGGCUUUGGACGGGAGGGACCGCCCGCCCUGCCCCGUUGGAAACGAAUUAACUCUCCCAAGGGUCUCCCUCCGGGCCGGGCCUUCGUGUCUCCUCCCUGUCGGGAAGGCCGAGGGCCGCUUGGCGGGCGGAAGAAGACCCCAGGGGUGGGCGACGGGCUUCUCAGGGAUUGCCCACACUCCGACCGCGGCCUCGCGACGGACGGCGCGGCCUCGCUCGGCUCUCUCUCCCCCCGGGCGGCCGCCCCGGACCCUCCCGCCGCCCGCCCGGACGGCACCGGCGGGAGGGCAGGAGAGGAUUUGGGAUCUGGGGUUCCGCCAACCAAAGACCCGGAGGGACGGGGCGGGAUCCGGGACGAGGAUCCUCUCCGAGACGUAGGACGGACCUGAGCCGGGGGGGGCCCCUCUCCCGGGUCCCCCCCACCCCCAGACCCCUCAACUCCUUCGGAGAGUUAAUUGUCAGCACAAGAGGUACUUGACCUGUUAGUACUGAGAACACGAAGCAAUAAUCUUUGUUACCGAGACGCGCGGCUGUAUGGUUUUUUUAAAAAAACAAAUAUUUCCUAAUAAAAGAGAAGCUGCAUUUUAUUGGUUUUUAUUUUCAUUUUCUACACGUCAGAGCGGGGCCCAGUCCGGCGCCGCCUCCUCCUCCGUCCCUCAGUCAGUCACCAAAUGCCCUUCCCCGGGCUCACUGGGGUCUUGUCUGGGUUUCUUUUCCUUCUCUUCCUUUUCCUUUUUUCGAGGAACGUUAAGUGCUGUUUCAAAGCCAGUGAGUUACGACUCUCUGGUGUCUGUUCCGUCCGCCUCUGUAAUUCCCCUUUUCCAGGUUUUUCAGUUAAAGUUCCUAAAAUAAAUUAUUUGA